UCUAAGAUACUCUUCAGGGAUUCUUUGAACCUGUGGAAUGCAGACGGAACACUCAUGGCUUUCAUAUGCCCAUCCAUGCCUGACACCAUGAGAAAAACCCUGUUCUCAAAACUCCAGGGCUGUUUCAAUGGCGUCAACAUCUUUAAGAACAAAAUGGGUGACCCAGAGGAGGAUAAGUCAGAAUGUCCUUUCUCAACUGUGCUUUUUUCUUGGUGGAAUCGCUAUGGACUCACAGGUGUUGAUGCGCCUGCAAAUGUCCAUCCACACUACUUGCAGGCUAACGGCCAUGCCAUCAAUUUCACUCAGUGCCUGCCUUAUCCUGACAAGGAUAUGUUCCAGCACGAACAGCUCUACUUAAACAUUCAGACCACCUUUCAGAAAGAAUUUGAAUGGAUUGAGGCCGUACUUAGGAGAGCAUUCCCAGAAGAACACCAAGUUCUAGUAGAACUGGUAAAACUACUCCCAGGCAAAGCAGACUCACCUGUGGUGCCUUUUCUAUCUCUUGUUCUAAAUGUUAACAUCUCCACAUUGGCUCACAGAGAUGAUAAAGACUUGACACUAUGUUUGGUUCUACCUAUUGGAGAAUUUGUUGGAGGAGGUUUGGUGCUUGCUGAGCAGGGUCUGGUCAUUGAAGCCAUGAACGGUGACUUGUUGGCUUUCUGUUCC